AUGGCCAGAGCUUUCUACCUUUAUAGGAACAGCGCGCUCGGAAUGUCACUAUACGAGAUCGAUGAGAGGUCCAAAGGCACAAGGUUGGAGAUGACGUCUGAUGACAUCGCUCCCAGGGGGUUUGUUCCCGGGGGAUUUGUUCCCUACGAGGCUCUGCUGGCAUUGGAGAACCAGAGCGCCUAA